AUGAGUCGAAACUUUCCACCUUGGAAACGAGAUCCUCGAUCUAUAUUACAAGAAGCCUUAAAUCGUUCAGAGAAGACACUGGGAUAUCGAUUUCUUGUAGGGUUUGAGCUCGAAUUUCACCUCACCCAGAUUGAUGAAAGCAAAUCUGUGAAGUUGGUAGAUCAAUUCUAUGGUGCUGCGUCGGCAAGAGACGGAGGUGUAUCCCGUUUCUUAGAGGAAUGCAUUCGAUCUAUUUUAGAUGCCGGAAUUGUAGCAACUCAUCUCCACAGUGAGGUUGGGCAUGGCAUGUUUGAGAUUCCAACUGGUCCACUGAGACCAAUUGAGGCCGUUGAUACACUUGUGUAUUGUAAAGAAGCUAUACAAACAAUCUCAUUAAAACAUGGGUUCAACGCAACAUUUUUUCCAAAGCCAGUAUUAUCGCCAUCUCAUACAGCCGUUGGAGCUCAUGUCCAUUUUUCUAUCGACGAAGUAACACAAGAGGUGGCGGAUCAUUUCUUGGCCGGGAUACUCGAUAAUCUCCCAGCAUUGUGUGCUUUUAGCAUGCCAAACUUUGACAGCUAUCAUCGACUGGGGGAUUUUAGAGAUCAGAUGGCGAAUAUGUUUUAUGUCCUCGCGGGUUGGAUCACGGCUGGAUGCUCGGGGGUGAACAAUAAAAUACCGUUGAAGUGGAAAGACCCUCCAAGUUUGAUGGCGGGAAUGACUGCAGAGGAAGUGGCGGAAUUGAAUUGGGACACCAAGUUUCCGUUAUCACUCAUUGAUGCUGUAGAAGCACUUGAAAAGACAGCAAACAGCCAUUCAUUGAGUGAACUCGGAGAAGAAUUCUUACAUAUGUAUAUCAACUUUAAGAAAUUGGAGGCUAAGCAGGCUGCAGAAAAGACUGAGAAGGAGAGGCUAGAUACACUUUCGAGAAUUUUCUGA